AUGGACAUCUACGACCCGGGACUUAUGGGCGCUGCUGGGCGUGUGGGCACCUCCACGCCUUCGACCAACGAAGCCGACGAGCCUGCCAAGACCGAGCUCGACCAGAAUGUCGAAAAGCUCGUAGGCAACAUUUCCUCCUGGUGGUCUGGCAUCGCCAAGAAGUCGCAGGACUCGCUGGCACAAGCGCGCAAGGAAGUCGAGACUCGCGGCGGCAUUGUCAACUUUGCCAAAGCCGAGUAUGCCAAGCUCGAGACGUCCAUCGGCGAAGCCCAGAAGAAGGCCCGUGACCAAAGUCAAGCCGCACCCAUUGCUUCCGACCUCGAAGGCGAGCAGACGUCCGAGUCUGUCGCCCAGUCCGAAACGAGCAAAGGCAAGCAGCGAGCCAUUGACGAAACGACAAUCGAGGUACAAGAGGGUGCGCAAGGGCAAGGCCCCACUCUGGGUGCAUCCAUCUCGACGCUCUUCGGCAAGCUUACUGCUGACCCUCGGCUUGUGUCGCUGCAGCAGUCGCUCACCUCGACGCUGCAGGGCGUCACAUCGCCGAAAGACGGAGAGCCGGGCCAGAAGAAUCUGCAGGAGUCGCUGUCGAAGCUGUCGGCCACCAUCCAGUCGCACCUGCCCCACCUGGAUCUGAAGGAGUCUCAGCAGCUCGCCACGAGGUAUCUGCACGCCACCGAGAACUUUGCGCGCGAGAUGCAGUCGGAUAUGAAGGAGCUCGUUGGAGACCUCGUCCGCAUCGUCCCGCCCGAAGAGGACGAAUCUGCUUCCGCUGCGGUAGAAGCUUCCAAGGAGAAGGCUGUGGAGGCACCAGCAACUCAGGCAUCACCAAAGCCAGCGGACAGCAAGAUCACCGACGUAGCUGCACCGGCUCACGACGAGGAAGACUUUGCAUGGGAUGAGGACGACGAAGAAGCGGCUGCUGGUGCCGACGCCAAACCCGCACCUGCAGCAAUCGAGCCGAAGCCAGAGUCGGCGUCUGCCGAGCCAGCAAAGACACCCACCAAGCCAUCUGAAUCGCCCCAGUCCGACGAAGACUCGGACUGGGAAUAA